CCCAGGCUUCUUUUGCUUUGAAUUAGACUGUAUAUUACAGCGAAUUUGACAUUUGAAGUAUAUGGAAGUGUUAAACUUAAAGUUGCUGCUGAAAACAUCUCAGUUAAAUGAAGUAUACAACAAUGACUUACAACAAAAGUAUCUCACUUACUAUCCUGUAACACUUUGGAAGACUUUUGAAAGGAUUUUUAAUGCUGGGAGAGAACGGACCGGACCGGAAGACAGAGCAGGUGAUCACAGGGUGAGCUCCAUGUCUGAGUGGCUGAAAUCUGACAUUUUCAUCGUAUGUAUGGUGGUCCUGUCGCUCACAGUUAUUUCCAUCUUUGCGGUCUGCUGUCUCAUGAGGCGCCGUCGCACACACAAAACAAGACAGAAAAUGGCAGAAAUCGAGAUCGUGCCUUUUGCAGGUUCAGGUAGAAACCAUAAACCCAGAUUCACCCUGAGGAUCAUCACAGAGCAGAAACAUGCCUCAGAGCUUGUUCAGAUGUUAACGAGCCAAAUCCGCUCCACUGUAGGUCCUUCGCGCUCGACUGACCUUGGUGUCUCUGCUGUAACUGCUGAGGUUGCCUCUACUUCUCAAGAUCAACUGGAGAUGUACGCUUUAUCUCCCUGUCACACAACAACAGACGCCGCACUCCCUAUUGGAGAGGAAGUCACCUCACUGGACUUGCAAACUACAAAUCCCACUGAACACUUGGUGACCGCUACAGUUGAGCCAAUCAGGAUUACUGAUAAUGAAGAAAACGAUUCUAGUGAUAGUGAAACACUGCAGUUCUACCCUGCUUUAUCAUAAGACUGCAUACAAGACAAGUUUACUGAGUUAAUAAUGAACAUAAAUGUCUUUCUUUGCUUUAUAUAUGCUGUGUACAUCAUGUUGUUCUGCUACGUGUUGUUUUUCAACGAGUCAGAUGUAUUCCUGUUUACUAACCCCUUCUUAAAUAGUAGUCUGCUCGUACGUGUGCUUGGUUUCCAAAUUCAUAUGAACAAAGCAAUGUUAAUUCACUAAAAGCAUCUGUUGCUAACUAGCCUACAAUUUUACCAUUAAAGCAUCAUUGAAUAUACUUGGUCAGAUGGUGUUGGUUCAUUUUUUAUAAGAGCAGUUCUGACAUUUUAACACAUUAUCAUUUCUGU